AAUACUUUAUUGCAUUUUUGAUCAGUUUUUUCUUUUUUAUUAUUAUUAUUAUUAUUUAAAAAGGAAUCAAAACAUUCUAAAGUAUACUAAUAUACGUAUGUUAACUUAAUACUUAUAUACUCAAUGUUAACUUAAAAUUUUUUAAACAAGAAAUAUGAAGUACCUGAUUGGCUUCUACUUUACUUUCUCAUUUGUAUUUUUAACAGGUGGUGAAUGGUCUGCAUGGAGUACUUGCUCUGCAACCUGCCAGUCUAGUCCUUUGGUAACACCGUUUCAAACAAGAAGUUGCGAUUAUGGUUCAUGUCUUGGACAAAGUUCUCAAAUAUGCAAUUUUAGAACUCCUUGCCCAGGUACUUUAAGUGAUUGGACAUACUGGGGAGACUGUUCAUCUACUUGUCAAAUGGGAUCAAAUGCUCCAGAGCAAACCAGGACCCGCACUUGUUCAGGUGGUAGCUUUGGCGAUAGUUGUAAUGGAGCAACCUUAAUUGAAUCUAAACGCUGUAGUGAAAGAGUUUAUUGUCCAGGAACGGUAUCAACAUGGAGUUCAUGGAGUUCAUGCUCUGAAACUUGUAACAAUAUUUAUAAUCUACCUUUUCAAAUCAGAAAGCGAUUAUGUGUUGGGUAUUCUACUUGGGAUCCUCGCUACCUAGGUUGUACCGGUAUGACAAGAGAAGAAAUAAUUCCUUGUAAUAGAAAUGUUGGUUGUCCUGGUAUUUUUAGUGAAUGGGAAUCAUGGACUAUGUGCUCAAAAACAUGCACAUCAGAUCGAGACGUAGCUCCUAUUAAACGUAGAAAUCGGCAAUGUAAAGGAGAUUCGUUAGGAGUUGGUUGUGAUGGUCCCAGUUAUGAAGUUUUGGCUUGUAAUUUUGAGAGAUAUUGCCCAGUAAAAACACCUUGGAGUACUUGGGCUUAUGUUUAUACAUCCACUGCAAUUAUUGAUACUGAUUUUGUUCAAAGAUCGCGAGUGAGCUUACUUGCAUUUGUAUUUCUAUGCACGCACAUACUUACUCAUUGAUUCAGAUAAUUUUCAAAGUUUUAACUUAAGUAAACAUUUUUUUUAAAUAGUUGUGUUUAUAUUAUUUUUACUUCAUUCACCGGUAGACUAAGUAAUUUUCACAUCAAGUAAAAUUCUCUUUUUACGCACCUAUUUAGUCUCUAAUUUAAAUUAUUUUUUAAAGUUAUAGUUUUAGUAAACAUAUUUUUUAAAUAGUUGUA